AUGACUUCAUCUUCAACAUGGAUUAAUCAAAUAUCUGAACUAAAAGAGAACAAUGAGCUUAAAUCACGAACUUGUAAAACUUACGUAAAGCACCCAGAAAAAGAAAUAUGUCAAUGUGGUCGUUUAAAACGAAGUCAUAGUUAUACUACACUUAGCCACUUAGAUUUAAAUGAAAGAACUGAUAUCGAUGUAAAAUGGAACGAAGGUACAGAUUCAAACUCAGUACCUAUUAAUGUCUAUGGUAUUAGAUCAUCGAAUGGCCCAAAAUUUCGCUUAUGGGGUGCGAAAUAUUUUACAUUAAGUGAACGAUUAGAAAAAGAUUUUGUUACAGGUAUAAUCGAUUUAGCAACUAGAGCAGAUGCAUGGAUUCUAACUGCUGGUGUAAAUAAUGGAGUAGCAAAUUUAGUUGGUGAAGGUAUUUCACAAUAUCGUAUUUUAAAACAAUAUUCAAAACCUAUCACAUGUAUUGCCCUUACACAAUGGGGUAGUAUAGCUGAACAGACACGAAUGGAAUUGAAACAAGAAACACAGGGUUAUCCUAAAGAACUCAAAUGUAUUCAGCAAACAGAUCCUAAUACAGAAGAAGACAAAGAAAUAUUGGAACCAAAUCAUACACAUUGUUUGAUAUUAGAUAAUGGUGAAUUAAAUGGUUAUCUAAGUGAUGGACCACGAGCAGCAUUUGUUAAAGCAGCAACAAAAAAUGGAACUUGCUAUGGAGUAACAAUUAUUGUUGAAGGAGGUUUAAAUACCUUGGAAGUAGUAAAAGCUGAUGUACUCGCCAAACGACCUGUUGUCCUAAUACAAAAAAGUGGUCGAAUGUCUGAUGUAUUAGCCAAUUUAAUACAAUUAACAACAAGCACUGAUCGAACUAAAUAUAGAGAACCAACAAAACCUGAAAUAGAAAAGAAUCUUCAUGAAUAUUUUCCUAAUCUAAAAGAAGAUAAAGACAAUGAAUCUACUCGUAUUACACAAAUUAUUGAUGUUAUGCAAAUUGCUCAUCGUAAUUUAUUGCAUGUAUAUCAACUUGAUGCAGAGCAAAAUAUUUCCGAAAUCAUAUUUCAAGCUAUUUUCUCAGCUUAUAAAGACAAUCCUGAUGAGAAAAAACGUGCCCGUUUAUUAGAUUUGUCUAUAAGAUGGAAUUUUUUAGAUGGUGCAAAACAAUUACUUGAAAUAAAUAAUACAAAAAGGGAAAAAGAUGGACGAACAAAAGAUAAAACUCUUCUAGGUGCUUUAUUGCGACAAGCUUUAGAACAAAAUCGUCCACAAUUUGUCGAUUAUUUUCUUCGUUGUGGCUAUGAUCCAAGAGAUUUAAGAAGUGUAACACGUCCAAAUCUGAUAAACGCUUUUAUGCCGAAGAACUUAAAUAAAACAAUAUUAUGUCAAAACUUUGUGAUUAAUUUAUACAAUCAUGUCAGAGAAAAUGCAUUUGAGUAUCACAAUAAAGAGUCAGUGAAUUUAUUUGAUAGUGAAAAUAAUGGAUCUUUAUUGAAUAUUCUAAUAUUGAAUCAAAAACUUCAACAAUGGCUUGGAUCAUAUAUUGAUAUAGUUUAUAAGCCUUUGUCAAUAUCUUCAGUGCCAAAACCAUCAAAUAAAUUAUUUGAUAAUCAAGUACAUCAUGAUGAAUCAAAGAAUGAUAUACCUUUAAGAGAUAUUGUUGUUAAUUCUAAUGAUAACAUAGGAAUAAGACUAAAUGAUAAUUAUUCACAACAAGAAAUGUUAAGAGAUUUAUUUCUUUGGUCUGUAUUUAUGGAUCUUAGUACAAUGACUAAAACAAUUCUAGUUCAUAUGAAAGAACGAAUUUGUGCUUCAUUAAUUGCAGCAAAAAUUUUCAAGACUUAUGCUCGACAAACACCAAUAAUUGAUGUAAGAGAUAGACUAAAUAAACAAGUAGCUGACUUUGAAAUAUAUUCAGCAAAAUGUGUUAAUGUAUGUUAUGAAAUAAAUGAAACAUUGACAUGUGAAUUAUUAAUGCGAGAAAUACCAUUGUUUGGAAAUGUAACAUGUAUGCAAAUUGCAAUUUCAGGAGAAAAUGCAAAAUUUCUUGAAACAGCAUGUUUUGAUCAUGUACUCAAUCAAAUUUGGUACAAUAAAUUAGCUUUAUCAAACAUAGCUCUUUCAUCGAAAUUUCGACUAUUCGGUAGUAUGAUAACACUUGGAUUUUGUGCACCGAAAUUAUUAAAUUAUCGAUUAAAAGACGAACUUUACUUAAAUGAAACACGUGAACAACAAAAUAAACCAACAAGAAUGUCAUCGAAUGGUAUUAACUAUUAUAUGGAAGAAGAUCAACCUACUUACUGGAAAAAAUUUCGUAGUUUUCAUGAAACUCCAUUAGUUAAAAUGUGUUAUCAUUUCAUAUCCUAUAUUUGGUUUCUAUUAGUGUUCAGUUAUAUGAUGCUCUAUCAUUUUGAUUCUCCUUCUGAUACAAAUGGGACACUUCAUUGGACUGAAAUUCUACUUAUCAUAACAGUUAGAACAAUGCUUUUAGAGGAAAUACGUCAAAUUGUUUACGACUUGCAUAAGAAAAUGUUAGAAAAAUGGAAUACUACAACUCGUCUAAUUCUUACUAAAUUAGCAAAUCCUUUCUAUGCUCUACCAUAUUUACUUUUCUAUUUGGGUAUCUUUUUACACUAUGCAUUUGGUAAUACACCAGCUGUUUUAAGUGCAGCACGGAUUAUAUUAGCAUUCGAUUUGGAAUUAUGGUAUCUUCGUUCAUUAAAAUUUGUUAUUGCUUUAAAAUUUCUUGGACCAAAACUAUUUAUGCUUCGAAAUAUGUUACGUGAUUUAGCUGCAUUUGUCUAUUUGAUAUUUAUUGCUAUUGCUGCUUAUGGUGUUGUUUCACGUGCAUUGAUCAUGUACAAUCAAGUACCAUUUACUGUGCAUGGUAUAUUUGAAAAUAUAUUCUAUUCGCCAUACUGGUUCAUUCAUGGAGAAGUUAACGAUACAGCAACACUUGAUGAUAUAAUACAUGAUGAAAAUUCUACAUUCAUUGCCGAAGCAACAGCAACACAUGUUCUAUUAGCAUUUCAUAUGUUAUUUAUUAAUAUUUUACUUUUGAAUUUACUCAUCGCUGUUUUCACACGUACUAUUGAUGAGGUUCAGACAAAUACCGAAUUCUAUUGGCGUUUCCAACGUUAUUCAUUUGUACGUGAAUAUUACGAACGACCAUGGUUAGCUUAUCCACCAUUGAUUAUUAUACCGCAUAUUUGGAUUGUUAUACGUGCUCUAUGGAAGACACAUUGUUGUUGUAUAAAUGGAGACGACAAUACUAAGCAUAGUUCUGUUACAGCACCAAUUUUUAAAAUGAUUCCAUUAAAUCGUGACGUGUUGAAUGAACAAUGGGAUAAAUUUGAAAAUGCAGCAACAUAUAGUUAUGCUAGAUCAGUUACUAGUUCCGAAAAAAAGAAAGAUUUACAUUAUCAAACAAAAUCAUCCGAACCGACAACCACCGUACAAACACAUGAAGAUAUGCAAAAACAAUUAAAUGAAAUUACGAACUCAUUGAAACGAUUAACAGAUGCAUUAACUCGAUCAGAUGUAAAUAGAGAAAAUUUAUUAUAA